AUGAAACCCUCAACCCUUGUUUCAGUUGCACUGGGUCUUGCUACCACGGCGUCUUCGUAUAACGACUAUACCUCGUUGACUGAGUACUUUCUCCAAGACGACGAUGAAACCGAUGAUGCUGCGUUUGACUUUACAACCACAAAUUUCGGAUUAAUUAAUCGUACAUACGACGCGGACGAACAGUCUCCCACUGAUACCCCACUCACCCAAUGGCAGCGGUUCUAUAAUCAAGUGGUCCUCCUGAACGACGAAUCCCCUUCCGAUGUCAACUACAAGGUCUUAUUCUUGGGCCGUCAUGGCCAGGGAUGGCACAACGCAGCCGACCAAUUCUACGGCUGGCCUGCGUGGAAUUGCUACUGGUCCCUCGUGAACGGAAAUGGUACAGCCUCAUGGCGCGACUCCCACCUCACAGACGUCGGAAUCGCCCAAGCCCAACGAGUGCACGACUUCUGGCAGAAGUUAAUCGACACCCAGCACAUCCACACCCCCGAUAGCUACCUCGUCAGCCCUCUCACCCGCACCCUCCAAACCGCCAACGUCACCUUCGGCACCCUAACCCUGCCCCCUGGCAGCGCCGCCUUCCAACCUCUCAUCCACGAGCUCUUCCGCGAAUACAUCAACAUCCAAACCUGCAACAUGCGCAGCUCCCGCACCUACAUCCACAGCCUCUUCCCCGACUGGCCCAUCGCCUCCGGUCUCCCAGAAACCGACGAGCUCUGGAACGGCAUAACCGGCGAGACAGACGCCGCGCAGGACCUCCGCAGCCGCGGCGCCCUCGAAUCGAUCUUCGGCGCCUCGAACAGCAAGAGCGCCGGCCUCUUCGUCUCCGUAACGAGUCAUUCCGGCGAAAUCGCCUCCCUGCUGCGCGUUCUAGGCCAUCGUCGCUUCACGCUGGAUACUGGCGGCGUUAUUCCAGUAACCGCCUGUGACGUCGGUCGAGGCGUGCGUGUGUCCGUCUGGUGCGACCCCUCGGAUCAAAAAGAAGCGUUUUUUGAAUCAUCCGAAUUCCUUGCUGAAACCCUCGCUCGUUAUACUAUACUCGAUCGUCAUUGUCGCACAGAGAAACUGCCAAGCUCUGAUGGGUUUGAUAAUGCUAUUGUACAAGUAUACAAAGCAGUUCUCGAGUUUACAGCAGAGGUAGAAAAGCAAAGGAGUACAGGGAAGCUCGGUCAAAAAUGGAACAGUAUCGUUGCAGUCUCCGAAACAGAUUUGACACGUCUCCAGUCUGCAGUGAAGGAUCAGGACCAAAAAGCCGGCAAUUGGAAUCAAAUCAACAUCCAGCUAUACCAAAGUGCCAAGGAGGACGAAAUACUCGCUAGCAUUGGAAAGCCUCAAUUGAACGUGGAAAUUCACAAGAUCUCCACAGGAUAA